AAUUCCAAUUUGGAAUUUGAUUAAUCUUCCAAUCAAAUAUUUAACUUUCAGACACUUUUCGUGCUUGGAAUGUUUCAUACGGUUGAUGGGUAUCGAUAUUCAAGUCGCAGGUGCAGUGAUAGCGACUAAUGUGAUCUAGUCAAUGGUGCAAUUUUUUCUAUUCCUCUGUUUGAAGAGAUGACAUUUUAGAGUCAUUCUUCUCAGAGAAGGCCAGUUCCAAAUACAACCCUCCUCUGCCUACAUAUGUAUGCCAUAGACAACAAAAUCAGGUCUUAUCUUCCCAAUUCAACAUGAGAUUCUCUGCCGCUGUCUCCCUGUUUAUUCUUUCUGUUCUUGUUUUCUGUCCAUUGAUUCAUUCUCAGCAGCUUUAUGAGGGAAAAGCUACAACAGAUUGUUCCAAUACCGGCGGUUCUGUUCUCGGAUACUCCUGCAAUGGCGUCAACAGGAGUUGCCAGGCUUAUCUCACCUUCAGAUCUCAGCCUUCUUAUAACAAUGUUUCUUCCAUCUCUACCCUCUUGAAUUCUGACCCAUCUCAGCUUUCUGCAAUAAAUUCUGUUUCUGAGACUUCUUCAUUUGAUACAAACAAGUUGGUGCUAAUUCCUGUCAAUUGUUCUUGUUCAGGUGCCUACUAUCAAUCUAAUGCAUCUUAUGUGGUCCAGGCAAGAGACUCGAUUUUCGUGAUUGCUAAUGAUACUUAUCAGGCUCUUUCAAACUGUCAAGCUGUCCUGGAACAAAACGGAAAGACAACAUUAAUAAUUCCUGGUGAAAGGCUCACAAUUCCUUUGAGAUGUGCUUGCCCCACCAAAAACCAAACUGAUAUAGGCAUCAAGUAUCUGUUAAGUUACCUAGUCACUUGGGAAGAUACAGUUUCUGCCAUUAGUGCACAAUUUGGUGUGGAUUCCGAGAGGAUCCUUGAUGCUAAUGGGCUUACUGAGGAGAAUAUCAUUAACCCCUUCACCACCCUUUUGAUUCCCCUGGAAAGCCCACCAUCAAGCGUUCAAACAAUAACACCACCUCCACCUCCAGCUUCACCACCGCCUCCGCCAUCCCCUAACACCAACGACAGUUCCAACAAAACAUGGGUUUACGUCCUCGUUGGGGUUCUUGGAGGAGUUGCUGUCAUCACAGUUCUUGGUGUCAUUAUUUUCUUUGCAGUGUUUCGGAAAAACAAGAAGAAAUCCGAUCCAAAUAUCAUCUCUAAAAGCUUCGAGACUCGCGAGAAACCCAUCAACAAGAAGUUGGAUGAAGAAUCUCAAGACUUCUUGGAGAGCUUAUCUAGUAUAGCUCAAUCCAUUAAAGUUUACAAGUUCAAAGAACUUCAAAUGGCAACUGAUAACUUUAGUCCCAGUUGUUUGAUUAACGGAUCUGUUUAUCGUGGCUUAUUAAACGGUGAUUAUGCUGCCAUUAAGAAGGUGAAUGGUGAUGUAUCAAAGGAGAUAGAUAUAUUAAACAAGAUCAACCAUUUUAAUCUUGUUCGACUGUCUGGUGUUUGUUUCAGUGAAGGGAAUUGGUAUCUAGUUUACGAGUAUGCUGUAAAUGGACCCUUGAGUAAUUGGAUUUACAGCACAAACAAUGAUGGGAAGUUCUUAAUUUGGACACAGAGACUGCAGAUUGCUUUCGACGUGGCCACAGGGCUUAACUAUCUACAUUGUUUCACUGUUCCUUCUCAAGUCCACAAGGAUAUAAAAAGCAGUAACAUUCUACUUGACAGUGAUUUCAGGGCUAAGAUUGCAAAUCUUGGCAUGGCAAGAUCAGCACAAGGGCAGGAAGGUGAAUUUGCCUUGACAAGGCACAUUGUCGGAACAAAAGGUUUCAUGGCUCCUGAGUACUUGGAACAUGGUCUGAUCUCUACAAAGCUUGAUGUCUAUGCAUUUGGGGUUCUUAUGUUGGAGAUAGUUUCAGGCAAAGAGGUUGAUGCUUUAUACACAGAGGAAGAUAUGAACUUAUCAGAUGUGUUAAAUGAUGUUCUUUCCAAGGAAGAUGGACAAGAGACACUGAGGAAAUUUGUUGAUCCUUCCAUGCAAGGAAAUUAUCCUUUAGAACUAACUGUUCUUGUGAUGAGAUUGAUUGAUAGUUGCUUGAAUAAAAAUCCAGCAGAUCGCCCAUCCAUGGAUGAGAUCACAGAGUCUCUCUCAAGAAUCUUGACCUCUUCACUGAACUGGGAAUCAUCCACCGUCUCAGGCUACCAUUCUUGACAGCAAGGUAUCUAAAAUGAACGUUUUACUGCAAUUACAAGUUCUCUUUUUCUUUUUUUCUUUUUUGAGGAUUGUUCUGUAUUAGUUCUCUCUUUUCUUUUGAACAUUGACAUGAAACUUCUGUUCAUUUUUAUCCAUUACACUGUUGAAUAAUACUAGCUUGCUUAUGAAU